GGUUUUUUGUGGCUGCCAAUCGACGGCUAGCGCGUCGUAAAUUAUCACAACGCUGGUCUGCGAUUCAUUUUAUUUAUCGCUCUGAGUGCCUGUCACAAGCGGCGCACGAAAGAACGCUGCCGGACAGCCCAAAAACACGCUUUCACCGCACCAGCCCAAAUAAAGCGCGGCCGACGACGCUGCUCGACAGCGCAUAAACACGCUUUCACCGCCAGCAAUAAAGCAACAUGUACCGCGGCCACCCGCAGCAACAAAGGCGCCGCGAGUCGCAGCCCUACGGCGAGCCGCCGCAGCCGACGACAAGAGCACGAGUGAAUGUCUGCUCCUUUGUCUUGCUCUGCGCGCUCGCUAUAACGGGUGGCGCCGUCUGGGCCCUGCUCAGUGAACGGAGCGAGCUGCAGCGGCAGAUGACGGAACUAAGACGAGAUUCAGUGAAGCAACACGAGACCCAUGAACAGCAAACAAAGACCUGGCGGCAGGAGGUGCAGAAGGCAUUAAAAACACCGGUACGAACUUCAUAUAACGCGUCGGCCUUCUUCUGCUGCUUCGACGGGCCCGCCUGGAUGCAGAAGCGCUACACGGUCAUGCUUGGUAAUGCUUUGAAUGCCUUACCGCCCUCCGUCAAGGUCCAGGUCUUCCAUAGAGGUGAUGCUUCGUGGGAACGGGGCCUGCACCUGAAUCCCGGCGUCGAGCGCCUGAAGCAGACCCAUGGAUCGAGGCUGGCCUUCCACGAGCUGCCGUUACGAAUCCGCAAGGCGAAACGAAGUGAUGUUUUAUUAUCGUACGAUCUGUGGAAUACGCUGGACGCCGAGAUCGUCUUGGCGUUUGGGAGUGGGGGCGCCUUCUGUGCGAACGCCCUGGUCCAUUUCGAGGACUUCGCGUCGUUUGAGUUGAUAGAUGGGGACGGGCUGCUUUUAACGAGAAAGUCGGCGGUACUCGACGUGAUACGACACAAGGCCGGCUCGUCGAACUGCCGGUGCAUCGAGGGCAAGCACGGCCCGACGCGGUACCUGGCGUCGCAGCUUACGUCCGGCGGCGCUUUGGACGCGCCUCGCAAGGUCAAGGAGCACUUUGCCGCCUCAUCAGCGACGGCGGACGACGCUUUACCUUUCGCUGUUGUGGGGACGCUGCCGGCGAUGGACGCGGCCAAGCGGUCCGAUCUCAUCGAGCGGUGCCCGGAGGCGAAGGCGAUCUUUCCCUCGCUCCACGAGCCGGGCUGCUUCGGCGCGCCUUCAUCAUUGGACAAGGACCGGUGCGUCGCGGCGCUCUGCGUGUCGAACCCGCGGCCGAGCGGGUGCUGACCCCUAAGGUUUUGGUUUUGUA